UUCGCCUUUCCCGCACAAAAAAUUUCACUCACUUGGCUCCACUGAGUGUAGUACAGCGAGCAGAACGAGCCCUAAUCUGCAAUAAAUCUCCGAAUAAUUCAAAAUUUUGAAAUGUCUUCCCCGGCAGCGCUGACGACCGUCGCCGCCGGUGGCACCAGCGAGGACCGCCAUCAGAACCACAACAAUACGGAGAAUUCGGAGGGCGGCACCACCAUGGCGAUGCAGAAGAAGCGAGCACGAAGAGUGAGCUUUGCUGAGAUGACUUCUGUACACUUCUUCGACCGUGAUGAAGAGUACGAAACCCCUCCGGAUCCCUCAGGCAAAGCUGAAAGUAACAGUGAACGUGAAGAGAUAAUAAACCUAGGUUUUGAUCAAUUGGUCGACGAUUCCAAAGAGUCCGAGGACGGAGACGAAGGAAAUGACGAGGAUGAGGAUGAGGAUGAGGAUGAUGAGAUGGCUUUGCCUAGAUCGUUUUUAAGACCUGCAGAAUCACCUUCUCCUGGCAGCCAUUUUGGUUCUGCUACUUCAAAUGAUGAUGAAGAUAAUUUUUUCGGCCCAGUAUCUCCCAAUUUUAUAAGGCCAGGCCGGCUAUCAGAUUCAGCAGUGUCAGACGAAAAUCAUGAUAUUACUAUGGAUUCAACAGCUUUCUCCAUGCACUUCCGCAGAUUUGUUAGGUCAGAUUCAGGGAUAGAUUUGAAGACCCCAACAGAAGUAUCAUUUGAUGAGAAAACACCAACACAGACCGGUCUAGGUAAUUCCAUGGAACUCACUAUGUCCAAGAAGCUAAUUUCUCAAUCUUCUAUGCCUGUUGCCAAUUUUAGUGGCACUAGUGAUUCGAGUGACAUGAGUCUGAUUGGAGAAAACUCGAGAAGAUAUGAUUAUGGGAGACUCCCUCCUGAUUUAGAAGCUCUUUUAGCAGAAGGCCAAGAAAAACAUGCAGUUUCUGUUUCAGGAGAUACUAGUGUUUUAGAGUCACCAGCAAGCAAGAAAAUGGAGGUUGGAAGUGCAUUGAUGGGUUUAGGUGGAAAUGGUGAACAAGAAGCAAAUGCAAUUGUUAGUCUUAAUAUGCCACUUGUACCUUUGUGCCAGAAAAUCGACGACGCAGAUGAUGGUAAUAAGUUUCUUUCUCGUGCAAUUGAUGCUGACACGUUGCCCAUAUCCACUGUUCCAGCUCCGGAUAAUUAUGUUGAUAGAGUAAAUCAGUCGCCGAAGCAGCUAAGUAAACUUCAAUUGCAGGAUGUUGGUGAAAAUAAUAAGUCUGUCAAGGAUGCUUCUGAGGUUGGAAUUAGUGAAGCCCUAUGUAGUAAUGAUGGUGAGCUUGGUCAAUUUUGUUGGUCCCCACGUGGCAGGGAAUCUCCGUUGGUUGAUUUAGUGUCCUCUUCACCAGCUACGCAAAGACUAAUAGUUACUGGUAGUCCUUCACCUGUCAAACAGAAUUCAAUGGCAGUGUCUUUCCUUGAAGAUCCCAUUUCCUUUUUGAGCAAUGAAAAGAGAGGACCUUGGACAAGUUCAGCAUCCCUCCAGAAGAACAUUUCCAAACUUGAGAGACUUAAGGCUUCUGAACUAUCUUCUCCCCUUGGUGACAGAAUCCCCAAUAUGGACAUCAGAUCCUUAGAGUUUCCAAGAACACCUCCUUUGGAUUCUAUAUUGAAGAAAAGGAACCUACAAAUGGGAGUCAAAUCUCUGGAUUCCUCUAUGACUUGUACAGAGGAGCAAUUUUCAGGUACUUCUAUGAAGGAGGGAGAAAGAAGAAUGUUCACCUCAGGUGGUAGUAGGAGUGAGACUCUUUUAACUGGCGAAGAUGUAAUUCCAUGUGAACAAUCUCUGGGCCCUGAAAAGCAGGGGAAAUCUCUCAAUCGGCUAAAUACUGGUUUUCUCCCCGUGGAUCAAGUGUUGAAGCCUACAGCCCCUUUGGCUUCAUCAAGGUUUUCUUGGUCAGGAAAGACAAAUGACACUUUUACACCAAAUGACCUCAGGCAGAAGAGAUCGCUGAUUUCUAGAACUGAUUCCCCAUUGGUUGAUUAUCUAGGGCAGGAGAAAGUGACUGCUAUUGCUCAAAAGUUGGCUUCAUCAAGGUUUUCUUGGUCAGGAAAGACAAAUGACACUUUUACACCAAAUGACCUCAGGCAGAAGAGAUCGCUGAUUUCUAGAACUGAUUCCCCAUUGGUUGAUUAUCUAGGGCAGGAGAAAGUGACUGCUAUUGCUCAAAAGUUGGUUUUUUCUCCAGAAAAGUCCUUGCAGUCAAAGUCAUCAACAUGGACUGAACAUCAGUCCAGCCCCUUUAAAGAAUCAAAGUUGCAUGAUGAACCCAUGAAGAGCUUAGGCCUAGUGAAAAAUGCAUCUUCAAUAGGUAAUGUGACAGAUGGACAUUCUUCGAAUGCAAUGGAUGGCAAUUGGCAUUCUUCCUCCACAUCAACUGAAGAACAGUCUGGUUCACCAGUUGUCGAAGGCAGUAAAGUGUUAAUGCAACCAGACGGGACAUAUAGCAUAGAAGCUAAGCUCCUUGAUCAAAUGAAUGUACUGAAAAGCACUGAGGACUUGAAGAUCUCCAGGGAUGGGAGCUCUCAUCUAUCUUCAGCAAUAUUAGAUGGGAAUUUUCAGAGUGCAAAUGGUCUCCCUAGAUUUGAAAUUGAUCCUCGAGAGCUAAACAAGUCUCCUUUAGCUGGCGCUGCUUCCUCCUCUAUUCAGAAUGUAGAAGCGUUGGUGGUUGAAAAGACUCCUGUACAAUGGUCUUCACGAAGUCCACCAGCAAAGGGGUUUCACGUGCUGGCACAAUCCAACACUACAUGUUCCUCUGUAGGUGAAGCUGUGCAAUCUCCCACAUGCAACCAAUCAAUUGGCAGACCUAGAAACUCUUCUGCCCAUAAAAGAUGCAGUGAAGAGUUGACAUAUGGAGAUAUGGAACACACAAAUCAAAUUAUCAUGUCUCAAAGUAGCUCGAAACUCCAGAGAGGGGUUGGUAAUAGUCCAGGAAUCUCGGGACGUCCUGAUGAUAGCAGAAAAGAAAUGCUCAGAGCUCAUCUUGAACUCAGACAAUGGAAAGAUAUUAAAUCCAAAUGUUUGGAGGAUGCAGAUGAGUGGAUAUCUUUGCCUAAAGAAAGGCUUGCCAUGCUUACUAUGCCAGCAAUUGAAAUGGUGGAAGACAUUGUCACCCGAAUGCAGAAGGCAAAAACAUACGACAUUUUGCACCGUCAAAUUCUCACUCAGAAAACGUUAGUUACCAGUUUUCAGGAGAAAAGAACUUUAGAAGCAAUAAAGUUGUUAUGUCAGCUUGUACAUGAGAAAGCAAAGUAUCACUGGAGGUGUGUGAAGAAGAAGAAACUGCUGGAAAAAUGUCAACUGUUGAACUCUGGAAUUCAGAAGUCCCAAAUGUCAAAGAUCAAUCAUUCGCUUCAUAUAACUGUCUCAGGAGUCACCCAGGGUGAUGCUAUUUCUAGUGAGAGCUCAUUAGCCUGUGAAAAGGCUCUGCAGGAGGAACGUCAUAAUAAAGUGGCCACUAUCAAGGAGGGUUUGGAAGUUUCAGAAAGAAAAGUUGCAAAAUUGGCUAGAUCCUUGCGUUCUUCCUUUAAACUUGAGGGAGAACCAAGUUGUGCCGCUACCAUCAUUUCCGUAAAAGAACAUCUAAUGAGGAGAUCGUGUUGUAGAUUCCUACGUCAAGAUAUGCAGAUGUGUGUCAUUCAGAAUGUGAGGAGGCCAUUUGUCAUCCUCAACUAUCUUGGUUUGCUGGUUCAAAGUUUGAAGUUGACUAUUGGUCCAAACUCAAGCAUAAUCAUCUCUAACAAUUUGAAUGAUCAACUAAUCACAAAGAGUUUUCCAAAUAUCAAUGCGUGUGCUGCAUUGAGAUUUGUUUUAAAGGCUGAGAUUUCAAAGAAACUUGGUGCUAGGACUCUGGCGCAAGAAAUGCAGGUUACUCGUUCCCUUUUAGGUAACUCCCUUGAUGUGGUUGCAGAGGUGCAAAAGGCACAAAUACAGUUUCAUAAUUUGGCUGAUAUUGCCUUCUCCACUCCAACUGUUGAGGAACUUGAGUUGCAGCUUCAUUUUGAGAAUUAUAAUACUGGCAAGAAGGUGAAAUUGACACUAGAUAUGUCAUGCUUGAAUAGGGGGGUCUAUCCUUCAGAAGUUGUUCCAUCCCAGGUUGCAGCUCUAGCUCUUCACGCGGAACAUUCAGAUGAUGCACUACUUGGUGAAAUUAGAGCUGCUGUCAAAAAUCUUAGAGCUGGAUACAUGAGGAUUAUACGGUUAUGUGAUUGUAUUUCACGAGUUGUUCAAGCCUCAGGUGGUUAACUUCAGCAGAAAAGAAAAAUUUGAACUUGGAUGAAUGGACUCUUGUUGGGGUUGCCACUGCUUGGAGCACUCAUGAACUUCCUCUUGCACAUGUUCUCCAUUGUCACAGGUCUUCUGUGGCAACAAUCGCAUCAUAUGUUGAAGAAUGAUUGUGAUAUAUGAGGUGAGAUCAUAGCUGAAUGUAUAACUUUUUCUCUUCGAUCCAGAAGUAUUGUCAUUGGUCAUUCUCCUAGGUCUUUUACAUUUUUUCUAAACCGUAUCUUAACUUCUUGUUUUACGUUUGGGCAACGAAGGGUUGGGGAGUUCUAAACUUUAGAACUAGAAUGAUCAGCGUGAGCUCUUGUUUACUUUGAUGGAAUAAUAUAAGCUGUUAGACUAGCUGCAUUUUGAUCAUGCAUACGUAUCCCUAAUGAAAUAGUGAAAACUCUGCCGGGGAACUCUAGAGUUAGCCUAUUUUAGCUGUAUGGGUUUUCAUACUCUUUCCGGCUAUAUCCGUUUUGUGCUCACAUCUUGAUGCAACUGUAUCUUGAAUGUUUUGUAAAUAUUUCAAAUGUAAAUUUGGUUGAGGAUGGUUAGGAUUUUU